CUUUGUGUCCAGUGAAUACCAAAGAGCAUUGAUGAAUAGUGAAUAAUACCUAAACAACUUGUUGAUAAUGUGUAACUAAUACUACGAAUUUUAAAAAAAUAUCCUCCCUCCAUUAUUCUCCAGUGCAAGUAUUGAUUUUUCAUCUAAUAGGUGUGACGACGUAGGUUGUUUAUCCAUCUAUUAUAAAACGGCCUGAUUCGAGAAAAGCUCCCGCUUCUUGUGUUAUAUAGAAGACACGAUGGAGAAAGGCUGGAAUCCUCCUCCGUAUGGCUGGAGUAACGCGCAUACGACGCAGCCACCACCAGCUGCUCCUCCUAGCUACUCGCAAGCUGUAGGGGGUGUUGGUCCUUCCAGCCCUUACACUCCUCAAUAUCCUCCAUCCUCAGGGCCUUCGAUAGUUACUACGGUGGUGCCAGUCGGUCCUCAUCCCACCCACAUGAUCUGCCCCAGCUGCCAUGCGGAGAUAGAUACAGCCACUCAGACUAAACCAGGCCUAAUUGCAUACAUUUCUGGAGCCAUCAUUUGUCUUGUGGGUUGCUUCUUCGGAUGUUGCCUUAUCCCAUGCUGCAUUGACAGCUGCAUGGAUGUGCAUCACAAAUGCCCCAACUGUGGAGCUUACCUUGGCCGCUACCGACGAUAAACAUCACAAACAUCACGUGAUCGACGAAAAUAACUACAUAAUUGGAAAACUGAACAUUUCAGGAUCUGCAUGGGAAAUCUUCAUUUACUUUAAACCCUGCCUAUAUCUUGAUUUAGCUUUUAACAAUAUUAUUGACGAAGAAAAAAACAAUAAUUUACGAUUUAAAUUAAUCGAAUAGAUUAUUUUCUCGAAUGAAAGAAAUCUCAUAAACCACUUUUAAGUUAGAUAGUUGCAUUACUUAUUUUAAGUAACAGUAAUUUAUAAUUUAUUGUCCCUAGUCAAAGGGCAGCAUGCAUGGCAUUGCUUGACAGCUAGAGUAGAUGUCAAUUAUUAUUGGUUGGGGUGUCCAGUAGUCCUGCCGAACACUUCGUACAGCACAUCUUGGCUCUCGCGCAACUUGCGCUUGUGACGAUGGGUUAAAAUCUAAAUAUCCGUCAAACUGAGCAAUAUUACGGUACUGCCUUCUACUUUGUUAAAAAGGUAGUUACCUAUUGAUACAAAAAGUAAAAUGGCUUUCUAGCGACAAGUCAACUAACUAAUUGAAGCUGGACUUGGAGGAAGAUUACUUCUAUUAUUGAUUUAAAUGCUUAAGGCAUUGGCUGCCAAUAAAAAACUAUUGAAGGCAAAUCCUCCGCUAAUGUCGGUCACCAGUGACUGCCAUGGCGUUUAACGUGUUAACAUGAAUGUCUUUAUUGUUUGUUUUCAUAUGCUUACAUACAUAGUACAAUUUAGUAUGAAAUGCAAUUAUAACUUGUUGACUUAUUUAAUGAGAUAAUUUAUGAGUUGAUUCGUUUUUACGUGUUUUUAAUAUUUAAGAGUAAGCCAUAGCGCGCAUUUAUCUAUUAAGCAGAGUUAUAUUCAGUGCCAAAAUGUCUUCCCCAUGGCCCGACAACUUAUCGAUCACUUGUUACACGAUUUUAAUAAAUAUUCUAAAUGUUUAGUGACUAGAAUACCACAUGAUGCGUAUUAUUGUAUGUAUGGUAUGGUAUGUGUAGAAUAGUAACUACAAUUAAGGUCUGUUUCACAAUGUCUGAUUAUUGUGUUAGUCUGACAGAUAAUUUGACUUAUUUUUCAAUGUGUCCGUCAAAGCUUACAGAAAUGUAAUCAGACAUUGUGUAACAGGCCUAAUAAUUGACGUCAUUGCAUAGCAUCACAAUUCGGACCCCAAAAACCUGAAAAUCAGGCUUUAUGUGUUUAUGUCGUAUAAAUCCACAGUAGUCCCCGUAGAAAUUACUCAUUAAGUAAUAGAAUGUGAACUAAAUGUUGUAUGGAAGCUACUUAAAUGUGUUGGAUGUUAUUUCACAGUAUGUAUUAAAAAUGUGUUUUGUUCCCUCCAUACAAAUUAUAAUCUCACCUCUUUGGUUAGUCUGACUAACAGCUUAGUUUUAUAAAAAAGGUUUAUGUAUGAUCGUUAUAAUCUACUUUCCAGUUAUUACUCUAAUGUUAUGUUGAUAUUAAUAACAGAUUUUCACAGCAUAUUAGGAGUACAUCAUUUUACAUAGAUUAAUGUUAUUGAUAUAUUGAGUAACUGCGUGUAUCUUACGUAUUUGGUUAAGGAAUUGUUACCAGCCUUUUAAUUUAGUUUUAAUUUAGUCACUUAAGCUAAUUUUAUUAAUUUACAAUUAUUAUUUACUGCAUAAUAGGGAAAUAUUGACGGACACGGGUUGUCAGUGAUUUAUUUGUGUUACAAUAACUCAAUACUGUUUGGCUUAACAUUUUU